CUUGAGCCCCAGGCACGCACGGUCGCCCGUCUCCCCUCUCGUCUUCAGGAACGAUGCCGUUCUCCCUGACAGAGAACCUUCCCUUCCUGGCGCUGCCGUUGGCCCUGAUCACCCUCAAGGUCACCUACGAUGUGCUUCCCUUCAUGGCCUUCUUGGCGCUGGUCGCUGUGGCCGUAGGCUGCUACAUGUUCUACGCGGGGAAGUCGAGCCCGGCAGCGCAGAGGACGGCGAAGAAGGCGGAGGCCACGGCGGACAGCCUGAUCCGUGAGCUCACUCGGGAGGAAGACAGGGCAAAGGAGGAGGCGGCCAGGAAGCAGGCAGCCAAGGACAGGAAGGCGGCCGCGAAGCAGAAGCAAGAGGCUGCACGCAAGGCGGCGCAGGCAGCUAAGGAGGCCGCUGCCGCGAAGGCGCUCGCGCAGCAGGAAGCGGAGAGCAAGCCCCGCGCAGCGCCGCCGCAGCAGCAGCAGCCGUCCUCGGGCAAGUCGAAGAAGCAGUCUAAGAAGCAGUCCAAGGCCGCCCCACCGGUGGAAGAAGAGGACUCGGAUGACGAAGACGACUUCCUUCUGCGCAUGGCCGACCUUGAACGGGCGAGGCGGGAAAAGGGAGCCAGGAAGUGAGCUGCUCGCCUUUUGUCUGUCGGCCCGAGAGGAGGAAGAGGCGGAGAGAGGCCAAGGGGAAGGGAUAAGAAAAGGAGGCUCCUCUGUUGUCUGUGGGCCUGAGAUGAAGAGGAAGAGAUGACGCUAGAAAGGAGGCUUGGAGGGAGUGUGCAUCUUUGCCUACCCGAGUAAGAUGGGGCGAGACAAUCCAGCCAGCAGCAUCAACCACAAAGUAGAGAGACGAACAAGCCCGUACACGACGCUUAGGCGACUCGGUCCUGGCGCUUAGAAUCGGUGGCUUGUUUGUGCGUGAGCAUGUUUUCUGGCCGGAGGAGUUGGUUUGCGGCCUCGCGGGACGCGAUGGUUGGCUCCUCAGGGGGUUGGGCGGCCAGCUGCCGCGUGGAGAAGCGAGUCUGGGUUUGGUUCCUCAUGGAUCUGGGUCUUGUCUUGUCUUGUCGUUGCCUCUAGAGGAACCUUCACCUUAACCUUGACCUUGACCUUGACAGCCGGGACGAUUAAUUUGCCAUUAUGUGAUGCCCCUUGUUAUGGUAGAGAUGGUCUGUAUCGUGGAGGUACGUCGGUGGCGGCAGCCGUGGGUAGCGGCAGUAGUAGUUUAGUUCGCCAUUAGACUGCGCUGUCUUCUUCUUUCCUGAAGGCCGCCUUCCUCACUUGAGUGUCAAGGUCAAGAUUGAUACAGACAGGCUCGUGUGUUUUUUCGGAAACUAGCAGCUAGCAGCACACGUUGCUAAGCUUAGCGGAGAACGAAGGAGGUGCUUGGUUGCGCUGAUUUUGCUGCACCUUGUUCUAGAUCCAUUGGGUUGGGCCUUCUCAAUCCCAGGAGCACGCACCGCGUCUUUAGAAGAUGGAUUUCCCUCUUGUAUGUUCGGUUAAAAACAUGUGCCAUCCUGUUGGUGUAAGUCUUGGAAGUCACUAUCACAAGCGUGCUUGCCUCGUGCCUGCUCAAGUUUUUCACAUACAUACCACGGGCUUCGGUGCGCCUGGGUGCCGCCAGCCCGUCGUGUUCCGUACACGCCCCGACAGGGUGCGCACGCUGGUUCGCCGUCGUCGCCCAUCCUGUGGUCGACCUGUGUCUUUGCUACACCUUUCUUUUCUGGACUUGUUGUUCGCAGUCUCCUGUCUCGUUGUAUGCAUACCUCGCUGCGGACUCUGUUGGGUAUCGGGGCUGUUUCGUUUGGUGGCCGAAUUAUUUUGUUCUGGGAGUUGGAUGGCAACACCUUGAGAGGCUUUCUGGGAACCGUCGCAUGUUAUCUCUCGACCUUCCUUCCAGUGGACACGACGCCCGGCACCGCUUGCAAUUCAACGUGCUCGCUGCAAACGGUGGUUUGUGGUGUGACUCCUCUCUCCCCACCCCUUGACUUUGGAGGAAGACAGGCAGGCUUCAGAGCUGGCCGGGACUACUGCGCCCGGUCUGUAACGACGUGUCAUUUU